AUGUCUACUCUCCCUACCACCAAGAAGGACAUCAGCGAGCACCCCGCCGCGGCCACCGUGACCGAGCCCAUCGACCGCCAGAAGCUGCAGACCGACGUCGACCGCAAGCUCCGCCUCUAUGGCGCGUUCCAGGCGAUGGGCGAGUCGCGCCUCCCGACCAACGAGCAGCUCGACCGCGUGCUCUCCUACCUCUCCCACUCCUCCAUCUCCAAGGCCGACGGGCUCUCGCCCGACGGCCAGAACCUCGCGCGCGACGCGCACGACAUCUUCGAGACGCUCCGCCGGCUCGUGCUCGAGAAGAACGCGGACGAGGUCCUGCAGAACUUCGUCUGGCACACGCGCGACACGAGCUUCGACCGCGCGAAGAAGGACCCGAACCAGGUGCUCCCCGUCGACGGCGCCAAGGCGAAGUCGGACGCGCAGCAAGGCGUCCAGCACCUCCGCACGCUCCUCUCCCUCGUCUUCACCAACGCCGAGGUGCGCAAGCUCGUGAACGACUUCGGCGUCAUCGGCCGCGAUUUGCUCGCGCGCGGCGCGGAGAAGGUCGCCCAGAACGCGCGCCCGAGCGAGGACGCUCUCCGCGAGGUCGACCAGCCCGGCCCUGAGCACAAAUUUGUGACCGAGGUGCCACGUGAGAUUGGACCUAACGAGACGCCUGUCCCCGAGUUCCAAAUUCCCGGCACUGAUGCACGCAUCGCUCACGACCCCCGUUCGGACGACCCCACGUCGGGAACGAAGUUCAAGCACGGUGACGAGGUCAAGCCCGGCGACCAGGCAUUGAACGAAGCACAGCAGAAGAAGGACGAGUUCGAAGGCCAGGCACAGACCGAGGCGCAGCGUCAUGCGCAGGACCUCCAGCAGCGCGCGCGCGUCGGCGAGCCCCCUCAGGAUGAAGGCGAUGUCCAGGAGCGCAAGGCCGGCAUCCAAGGCAAGAUCUCCGGCAUGAAGGAUUCGCUCCUUGGACGCGUGCCAGAUGAGCACAAAGAUCGCGCGAGGGAGCAUAAGGACCGAGCGAAGAACUUCACCGAGGAAUACUUCCCUCCUGAGCGCCGCGACCAGUUCAUUUACCGUCUCAAGAAGGUUGUCUACGAGUGCCAGAGCCAUGACGACUACCAAGAGGCUAUGACCUGGCUACUCAAUUUCGUUGAAGAAUACGUAUCGCACGGCCGCACCAUCGCGAACCACGGCAAGGACUCGCACCAGCAACUGUCGAGCGACCCCAACUUCCAAACGUCCCUCAACGAGAUCCGCACCCUUCUCGAGCGAUUCGCGAACGGGCGCAGCCUCGACACGAUCGGCGAGCCCAUGCGCGUUCUCUACGACGACGCGCAGCAGGACGAGCGGCUCCGGCACUGGUUCCGCGAGGUCGACGAGUACAUUCGCGAAGCGCUGCUUCAGCCUGGUUACAUUCUCGACGACCAGGCCAACGAGCGUGCGCGCGAGCUGAAGGACACCGGUCGCCAGUUCUACGACGGCAAAUACAAGGGCCACUUCGACAAUCUGUUCAACAGCGUGCAGGAGUGGUUCGCCGCGUGGGCCGACGACCCGCUCAACCGACAGAUCGGGACCAACUUCGCGCAGCUCGCGAAGGACGCCUUGUUCGACGCCGAUGGCAACCUCACGUUCAAGCCAGAGCUCUGGGCCAAUGUCCGUCAGAAGAUCAUCCCCGGCUUCAUCGAGCAGCUGGGCUACAUCCCGAUCCCGCGCAUCGAGUACACCGACGACCAGAUCGACCUCGUCAUCGAGAAUCUCGCUCUUUCUGGCAAGAACAUCUUCCCCAACCUCAUCACGAUGGAGACACACAACUUUGCGAAACUCAGCGCUUUCAACAACAUCAAGAACGAGACCCAUCACGAGUUCACAUUCCACCUCUCUCAGAUGCAAGCCGACUUGCGCGACGUUGCUUUCUACUUCCGCAAGAAGACCGGCACGCCCAAGCUCACCGACUCGGGCGUCGCCGACGUCCUGCUCGGCGGCGAGGGUCUCUCAAUCACUACGCACCUCCGGUCGGCUGGCAACGACACCUCGUCCGUCUUCCACGUCAAGGACGUGCAGACGUCGAUCCACACCCUCAAGUUCGCGAUCCGCGACUCGAAGCACGACACGCUCUACAAGGUCCUCGCGCCGCUCGCGACGGGCCUCAUCAAGAAGCAGCUGCAGCGCGUGAUCGGCAACGCGGUGCGCACCGCGCUCGAGUACAUUGACGGUCAGCUCGUGAGCGCGCGCGACCAGAUGGCGGAGGCGAAGGCGAGCGAGGACAAGUCGCGCCGCGACGUUCUCCUCCAGCAGCUCACGCAGCGCAAGCAGCAGGCGGAGAAGGCGCAGGAGAAGGUCGGGCAGUUCAAGAUUGCGACCCGCCCCGGGGACGAGAUUCUGCCCGAGGUCAGCCAUCCUGAGGGAUGGGUAAAUCGUGCCGAGCAGCAGGCGAAGACCGCCCAGCAGGGAGAGGAGUGGCGUAGCGAAGCGUACAACGUCGUCUAA